UUGCAAUCCAUCAUCUUUCUUUAAUUUAUUCCAAGAUUUUUAUUCAGGUGAUUAUGUAAAGAUGGAGAUGGUUAAUAUUCAUAUUGGGCAAUUGCUUGGAAAUCUUACUGGAGAUAUGAGUCAUAUGAUGACAACAAUAAUACCAAAAGACACUCUUAAAUGGAGGAUAAAGCUACUUGAAUCAGCUGCUGCCUAUGCUAAUUCCCGUUUACAUGCUAUUACAGCUCAAGUACUAGUUCUUGCUAGUGGCAAGGAUAAGCUCUUACCCAGUAAAAACGAGGCUCAUAGGCUUUCAGGAUUACUGAAGCACUGCAACAUACGUGUGUUUGAGGAAAAUGGACAUGCAAUCUUAUUGGAGAGUGGUGUUAACGUGUUAUCCACUAUUAAAGCUUCUCAGAUGUAUCGACAUUCUUCAAAGUUUGAUAUUUUUAGAGACUUUUUGCCUCCAAGUAUGACAGAGUUCAAAACCUUACCAAUGGAGGCUUGGUGGUUUCGGGUUUUCAUGGGUGCAGCAAUGUUCUCAACAAUGGAGGAUGGAAAGAUAGUGAGAGGUCUUGCAGGGAUUCCAGAUGAAGGGCCUGUAUUAAUAGUUGGUAAUCAUAUGCUUUGGGGAUUUGAUUAUUUUGUACUUGUCUCAGAGUUCAUAAGAGAAAAGAAAUCAGUGCUUCAUGGUUUAGCCCAUCCGGAGAUUUUCCAAUUAGGUGUUGAAUAUGAACAUAUUCUGAUGCCAUGUGUUGAUAUAAUGAAGCUGUUUGGUGGAAUUCCAGUUUCUGGAAGAAAUUUGUUCAAAUUGUUAGAAAGAAAGUCGUACGCGUUACUUUAUCCUGGUGGUGCAAGGGAGGUUUUUCAUCGUAAGGGUGAAGCUUACAAAUUAUUUUGGCCUGAAAAACAAGAAUUUGUAAGAAUGGCAGUGAAGUUUGGAGCCACCAUUAUCCCAUUAGGAUUUGUUGGGGAAGAUGACAUAUUAGAACUAAUCAUCGAUUACAACGACAUGAAAAGAAUCCCUUUCCUCGACCAAUUGAUGAAUGAAUUCAAUGAAGGGAGAAUAAACUUGAGGGAGGGGAUGAGUGGAGAGAUUGCUAAGCAACCUUUUCAUACUCCUGUAGUUUUACCAAAACUACCAGAUAAAAUGUGA